AUGAAAUGUACAGUCCGUAUGGUAUCUUACUUCUCGACGUCGCCAGAACUGAGCAACAAGCAGAGGUUCGAGUACUUCACUAGAACGAUCCCUUCGGACCACCAUCAGGUCCAAGCCAUGGUAGAGCUUGUGCGGCGUCUUGGGUGGAGCUACGUCUCCAUCAUAUACGAAGAAUCCAACUACGGCAUCAAGGCUUUCGAAGAAUUAGAAGUCCUUCUGGCGAAAUACGACAUUUGCAUCGCCGUGAAAGAAAAGCUUGUGAAGGACUCAGGAGUGGCAGAAGAGACUGUUUACGACAACAUAAUACUCAAACUUCAAACUAAGCCAAGGGCCAAAGGAGUGAUCAUCUUCGGCUCGGACCAAGAAGUGGCGGGGCUGAUGAAGGCGGUCAGGAGGUGCAACGCAGUCGGGACCUUCACUUGGAUCGGCUCGGACGGAUGGUCCGCCAGGGAUCUUGUGUCCAGCGGCAACGAACCGGAAGUUGAAGGCACGCUCUCGGUCCAACCUCAGGCCAAUCCCGUCGCAGGUUUCGAAGAGUACUUCCUCAACUUGACGGUCGAGAACAACAAAAGGAAUCCCUGGUUUGUAGAGUUCUGGGAGGACCACUUCAAGUGCAGGUACCCGGACAGCAGCCCCACUCCUUACAACAUCAGGUUCGUGAGGGAGUGUUCCGAAAAAGACAAGUUGACUAAGGACGACAUCGUGUUCGAGAAACAACUGCAGUUCGUCAGCGAUGCCGUCAUGGCGUUUGCUGUCGCUCUGCAGAACAUGCACAGGGACCUGUGCGGCAAUUUCAAAGGUAUCUGCUCCAAGAUGAACCCCACCAAGGGCCCUGAGCUGCUAAGGUAUCUCAGGAACGUCAGUUUUGAAGGACUUUCUGGAGACAAAUUCAGGUUCGACAGCAAUGGUGAUGGUCCAGCCCGUUAUAACAUAAUUCACUUUAAGCAGACUGAUCCCGGGGUCUAUCAAUGGCUCACAGUGGGGCAGUACAUUGAAGGAGAGCUCCAUCUUAAUGACAGCGAAAUAUUCUUCAACACUGGCACAGCUUUACCACCAGAAUCUGUCUGCAGCCUGCCGUGUUCUCAAGGUCAGGCAAAGAAAUAUGUUGAAGGAGAAAGGUGUUGUUGGCAUUGUUUCAAUUGUAGCCAAUACCAGGUACUGGAUUUUGAAGAUGAAACUCAAUGUGUCCAUUGCCCAGCAGGAACUUUGCCCGAUGCUAACCAAAAACACUGUAAACCAUUGCCAGAGGUAUAUCUAAGAGUGGAAUCAGGAUGGGCCAUUGGUGCUAUGUCAUUAUCCUUAGCUGGGAUCAUUGCAACAUUAUUUGUAGUGACCGUUUUUGCAAGGAAUAACAACACACCAAUCGUGAAAGCUGCUGGUAGGGAGCUGAGUUAUGUUUUAUUGUCAGGAAUUCUCCUCUGCUACUCGAUCACCUUCGCACUUGUCAUAAGACCUACUGAUUUGGUCUGUGGAGUUCAGAGGUUUGGUGCAGGAUUCUGUUUUACAGUAGUAUACGCAGCCUUGUUCACAAAAACAAAUCGAAUUUCACGGAUAUUUAAAGCUGGUAAACGGACCACAAAAAGGCCUAGUUUUAUUUCUCCAAGAUCGCAACUUAUAAUUUGCAGCUUUCUUAUCAGCUUUCAGGUAAUUAUUAACAUUUUAUGGAUGAUAAUCUCCCCACCUAAAGCUAUCCAUUAUCACCCAACAAGAGAGGAUAAUUUGCUAGUAUGUUCGUCCUAUAUCGAUGCAUCCUACAUGAUAGCUUUUGCGUACCCUAUCUUACUUAUAAUUGUCUGUACGGUGUAUGCUGUCCUCACUCGUAAUAUACCAGAAGCUUUUAAUGAAUCAAAACACAUAGGUUUCACAAUGUAUACAACUUGUAUAAUAUGGCUUGCGUUUGUACCUCUCUAUUUUGCUACUGGUAAUCACAUGCCGCUUCGGAUUACCAGUAUGUCUGUUACUAUUAGCCUGUCUGCCAGUGUUACAGUGAUUUGUUUAUUUUCACCAAAGCUCUAUAUUAUUCUUAUAAAACCUGAGAGAAACGUUCGUCAAAGUAUGAUGCAGUCAAAACGAAGUGCAUUGAAAAGUGGAACUACAGCGAGUGUAAUGGUUGGGGCACUACCUGUAGCACAUCCCAUAGUGACAUCAGAAUCAUUGAUGAGGCUACACCAAGAGAGAAGUUCCUGUUCAGAAAUCAAAACUAUUUCAGGUCAGCUUACAAAAUACACUCAAACAUCUCCAAAACACCAAACAGAAAAAAAUGCUCUAAACUGUAAUUCGACGUAGCACAAGCAAUUCUUAAGAAGACUUCGGCUAUACAGGAGGUCAAAUCGACAACCUGUUCUUGUAUAAAGAUGUAUAUUGUACUUAACUUAAUUAAUAUACAUGUUUUACUACGUAAAUAUACAAUCAUAAAGCAGAUUAAAUGUUUUGUAAAGUAAACUAUAUUAAAUUUGUAAAUUAAUUUUUCUACUUUGUGAGUAAAUAUAUUAAUUUAAAUGAUUGAGUAGAUUCUCCAUGAUUUGUGACUGAUGGAUCUGUAAUGUGCAAUAAAUUUUACUUAUUUUCAUAAAGUCAAAUAGAACACUUUGUUACUAUGGUUAUCUAAAUAUUUUUUAUUUAAAAUUUGUUUUUGAUUAUUUUGUAUGUAUCAUUUUCUGACAUGAAAAUAGAUAGUUUUAUUUUUUAGUAAUAGAUAGAUUAUGAUUUUUACCAGCUUAAAAAAACCUCAUCAUCCACUUAUAUGGAAUACUGAUAUUGAAAACAUAAAUUAAUAGAUACUGGUGAUAAGUGGCAUUUUGGGAGAAAUGAAUUAUUUAUAAAAUAUAAUGCAUAAAAUGGUAUAUUUUUAAUGUUUUCCUUUCAUUCAGUAUUUGGUUUUUAACUGAGUUGAUAGAAGUGUUCAUUUUUUUAUUGGACACACGUGAUUUGAUUUCAUUUUUCUGAGAGCUCAAAAAUGUUACUCAUCACCUUAAUACAUACAUGUCCACUUUACUCCACAAUUAGUAACAUUAUGACCCAGAUGAAGUUAUAUAUAAUAAAUUUCACCACUUUUAUAAAAACAAAUUGAAUUAUCAAGAUUCUAAUAUUUAUAAUAUUUCUGUUAUCAUAAUAUUUCUGAAAUGACUAUUUUCUUUAAUUUUUAGGCGAUGUUAUAAUUUCAGUUCUUAUUUGAAUUGUGAUCAAUUCAGUUAUUAGAAUGAAAUGUAAAAAAUUGUAUUUAAUUAUUUGAAUUGUUAUAACUAUGUAUUUGCAUUUGUAUAUGUCACUCAGGUUGGUUUUAAUAAAUGACUAUUAUAAAAAACAAGUGUCUGUCAUGGAAUGUUAACAGUUUUAUCAUUUAAUGUACAAUUGUUGUCCAAUAUAUAUAUUUUGUAUAUUAUGUUUGUAUAGUUUUAUUAAUUAUAUCUAUGUAAUAUAACAUUAUUUAUUUGCUCAA